UUCCCAUGCAGCGAGAAUAAUGAAGCAAUAAAUAAAGAGAUGAAGAUAGGAAGAGCAAGAGCGUGUGGCGAGUAAGCUGUGCAGUAAUGGCUAUGGCGAUUGCCACACCUCUCCACCUUCCUUCGCACAUAUAUAUUUUCAUACGCUCACCGUCGCCCAAAUUUUCAUCACCAAUGUGUCUUAUGCGCAAUAAGCGCUGUAAAUUGAAAUGCGUGGGAGGAGGAGGAGAAGGAGGAGGAGAGAAGAAGAGGAAGAAGUCGUCGGCGUAUCCGUUCGAUGAAAUAGAAGGUCGAUGGCAGCAAUACUGGGAGGAAAAUCACACAUUUCGCACUCUUGAUCCAGACGAAACACAGAAGCCCAAGUUCUAUGUGUUGGACAUGUUCCCCUACCCCAGUGGAGCAGGAUUGCAUGUUGGUCACCCAGAAGGAUACACUGCCACUGAUAUUCUUGCUAGAUACAAGCGAAUGCAAGGCUUCAAUGUUCUACAUCCAAUGGGUUGGGAUGCAUUUGGGUUACCGGCGGAGCAAUAUGCUAUUGAGACUGGAACCCAUCCCAAAGUUACAACAAUGCGAAAUAUAAAUCGUUUUCGUACUCAGCUGAAAUCCUUAGGGUUCUCAUAUGAUUGGCAUCGUGAAAUUUCAACAACUGAACCUGAUUAUUAUAAGUGGACACAGUGGAUCUUUCUUCAGUUACUGAAGAUGGGACUUGCAUAUCAGGCUGAAGUCCCAGUUAACUGGUGUCCUGCUCUUGGCACUGUUUUGGCUAAUGAGGAGGUGAUUGAUGGUGUUAGUGAGCGAGGUGGUCAUCCUGUUGUUCGCAAGCCAAUGCGUCAGUGGGUACUUAAAAUUACUAAGUAUGCUGAUCGCCUUCUUGAAGAUUUGGAUGGACUUGAUUGGCCAGAAAGCAUCAAAGAAAUGCAGCGUAACUGGAUAGGAAGAUCAGAAGGUGCUGAAUUGUACUUCUUUGUUCUUGAUAAUGAUGGACAAGAGGGGGACUCAAAGUUGUUUGUUUAUACGACAAGACCAGAUACUAUUUUUGGGGUGACGUAUUUAGUUAUUGCACCUGAACAUCCUUUAUUAGCAUCCUUAACAUCUGAUUCUCAGAAUGUUCAUGUUGAAAACUAUUGUGACUAUGCAUCUAGAAAAAGUGAUCUGGAAAGGACUGAACUUCAGAAGGAUAAAUCUGGAGUGUUUACUGGUGCUUAUGCACGAAAUGUUGCAACUGGGAAGGCCAUCCCAAUCUGGGUGGCAGAUUAUGUCCUGGGCAGUUAUGGCACAGGAGCAAUUAUGGCAGUUCCUGCACAUGAUGCUAGAGACUAUGACUUUGCAAUAAAAUAUAAUCUUCCAAUCCAAAAAGUCGUGUUCCCCAAAGAUGGCUUUGAAUGUGCUGCAGAAAAAGUAUAUACAGGUGAAGGAUUUUUGGUAAAUUCAUCCAGUGAGGGGUCUCAGCUUGACAUGAAUGGCUUAUCAACUGCAGAGGCUUCUGCCAAAGCCAUUGUGUGGCUUGAAAAGACUGGCUAUGGGAAAAAGAAGGUAAAUUAUAAGCUUCGGGAUUGGCUAUUUGCUCGACAACGUUACUGGGGUGAGCCUUUCCCAGUUAUUUUUCUACAGGACACAGGUGAAGUUGUUCCUAUUCCUGAGAGUGAAUUGCCUGUUACUCUCCCUGAAAUAGAAGACUUUACUCCAACAGGCACAGGAGAACCUCCACUUGCCAAAUCAACAUAUUGGGUGAACAUAAUGGAUCCAAUUUCUGGAAGACCAGCACAACGAGAAACAAACACAAUGCCACAGUGGGCUGGUUCAUGCUGGUACUACUUGAGGUUUAUGGACCCAAAAAAUUCUCAAGCAUUGGUUGAUAAAUCAAAGGAGCGGUACUGGGGUCCUGUUGAUGUUUAUGUAGGAGGGGCAGAACAUUCAGUAUUACAUUUAUUAUAUUCGAGGUUUUGGCACAAGGUUAGGUGCUAUUGGUCUCUGGAUUGGAUCCUAUUGCUAGUUGUUGUCUCACAUGUACUUUAUGACAUUGGUAUAGUUUCUACUAAAGAGCCAUUUCAAUGUCUUAUUAAUCAGGGGAUGAUUCUUGGAGAGGUUGAGUAUACAGCAUUUGUAGACAAGGAAGGGAAUAUGGUAUCUGCUAAUUUGGUCGAUGAUGAAAGUAGUUACCAUCAAGAAAAAGUACAGGAGAACAAUGUCUUGAAAUCUGGAGAUGUUUAUGUCUUGAAAAAUGAUCAAAGCAUUCGUCUUAAUGCUAGAGCAUACAAGAUGAGUAAGAGUCGAGGAAAUGUGAUAAAUCCAGAUGAUAUUGUGGAUGAUUAUGGGGCUGAUUCACUUCGAUUGUAUGAAAUGUUUAUGGGUCCUCUAAGGGAUACCAAAAUAUGGAAUACUAAUGGUGUGGAAGGAGUUCAUCGCUUCCUAGGUAGAACUUGGAGAUUGUUAGUUGGUCCUCCACUAACAGAUGGAUCAUAUAAAGAAGGUACAAUUACAGUGGAUGUUGAACCAAGCCAUGAUCAACUUCGAUGUCUCCAUCAGUGUAUUCAAAGGGUGUUUGAAGAAAUAGAAGGGAUACGUUACAACACUGCAAUAGCUGCAAUGAUGGAGUUUGUUAAUACAGCUUAUAAGUGGGAAAACCGGCCAAAAUCAGUCCUUGAAAAAUUUGUUCUUCUUCUUUCUCCUUGUGCACCACAUAUAGCUGAAGAAUUAUGGCAGCGAAUGGGACAUACUGAUUCACUUGCAUAUGAGCCUUGGCCAAAGGCUGAAGAGCAGUAUUUAAAGGAAGACAUGAUUGUGCUUCCUGUGCAAAUAAAUGGGAAAACCCGAGGCAAACUAAACAUUCCAACAGGAUCUGAUGAGGUUGAAGCAUUUUCUGCUGUGAUUCAAGACAAGCAUUUUGAUAAAUACCUGAGUGGCAAAUCGAUAAGGAAAAGAAUUUAUGUGCCUGGAAGAAUCUUGAAUAUAAUUGUAGAACAAAGAUAAUAUUUACUGCAAAUUGGGGCAUGUUUUACAUCCUUGAAAAUCAUUCCUUAAGAAGAUGGGUUGUUGCUAAAAAUACUCUGUAGCAGAAGGUUCUAAAUCAGAGGAACUUGUAAUGAGAAAAGACAUCUUUGGGACAGUUUGGCUAUUUAAGACUUUAUUGCAUAUUAUUUAAUUCUUUAACUUGAUUUGAUGCUUAUUUCAAAGAUUUUUUCCA